CGCGCCUCUCCAUGCGGUUUGAUUAAAGAAGGAAAAGCAGAAAGAAAUCAGCUGAUGAUAAAAAGGACAUGAACCCGUUCCUGGAAAGGAGAGUAGAGUAGAGGACGAUUUCGGUCUCUCAUCUGAACCCCUUCCCGGUGUUCUGGGGGUCCGGUUCUCGGCUCAGCUGCUCCGCUCUUUGUCAGCCGGUUCACACACACAGAGACCCGGGCGGGUUUGUGUCUCUGAAUGAAGCCGCUGUACCGGAGAGAGACUCGUUGGUUUUAACACUAUAAUGAGCCGGCAGUGUUUUAUUCUCUCGGGUUUUCUGUGGAAUAUGUGCUGUUAGGAUUUAUUUCCUGUUGGAUUUUUAUCACCUUUUGUUUGGAGGAAGAAGCGGCUGAUGCUGCAGUUCAUAUAGUGAAGUCACACUGACGGAGGAAUCACCAGAUCAGGUCUUUAAUCGUUUUUAUUAGCCUAAAUCUUCUUCACAGGACCGUGGGAAUGUGGAAACAUCGCUGAUGGAAUUAUUUCACCUUCGCCUGAUGGAUGUUUAAAUUAUUCGGAAUCUUAUUCGGUUAUUUAUCAUAGUUGGCUCUGGGGAACGGCUUUGGGUUUCCUCAGUCUUUUGUGUGCAGUUGAUCUGUCAGUCCCGGAUUCUGUUGGACUGCUCCGGUCCCGUCCCGCUGUGUCCUGGGCUGAGCAGCACCAUGCCGGAGUGCGUCUCGGUGCCCGAGUUCUUGCAGGAGGUUCUGGAUGACUGGAGCUCCCCCACCACCUCCUCUUUCACCUCCAAGAUGAUCAGCUGCAGGAACACUGUCUACCUGCUGGAGGAGGUUCUGGACAGUGACCGGUUGGUGUUGCAGAAGAUGAAGAAAGCAGCUAAAGCCAAAUACACAUCAGGACAAGACCACGUGUCUCACCUGGAGCAGUACAUUCAUUCGAUGGAGAGGCUGUCUGUCAACUGUCACUCUAAUGGAGAGACGGAGGUUGGCUCUGCCUUCUGCCGACUGGCGGACUUUUCUAAAGAGCUCCUCUCUCCCAUGAAGAACCUGUUAAAGAGCAUGCUCCACAACAUCAACUUCUUCCUGGACUCUCUGGUUAAAGGAGACCUGAGGGAGGUGAAGGGGGAUCUGAAGAAGCCUUUUGACAGAGCAUGGAGGGACUAUGAGAGCAGAUUCAAGCAGGUGGAGAAGGAGAAGAGGGAGUUAGCUCGUCAAUAUGGGAUGGUGAGGACCGAGGUGAGUGGAGGAGAAAUUGCAGAGGAGCUCGAAAAGGAGAGACGCUCCUUCCAACUGAGCAUGUGUGAGUAUCUGAUCAAAGUCAACGAGAUAAAGACGAAGAGAGGAGUCGACCUGCUGCAGAACCUCAUCAAACACUACCACAGUCACAACAAUUUCCUGCAGGAGUGUGUUUCCACCACUCAAAGGUUGAAGCAGUACAUGGAGGAGCUGAAUGGAGUCCUGACGACGGUGAAGCAGCGCCAGGAGGAGGAGAAAAGACAGCUUGUGUCUCUCAGAGAUCAGCUGAGGCCGGUUGUCCACACAGACCAGGACUCUUUACCUAAGCAGGUGUACAGUAUGCAUCAGCUGCUGGGAGACAAACAGUACGGGACAGAAAGAACAGGAUUCCUCUACAAGAAGAGUGACGGGUUGAGGAAAAUGUGGCAGAAGAGGAAAUGUUCAGUUCACAACUGUUACCUCACCAUCGCUCACGCUACUCCCAAUAAACCUCCGACCAAACUCAACCUGCUCACCUGUCAGGUUAAACCCAGUGUGGAGGACAAGAAAUGCUUUGACCUCAUAUCUCAUAAUCGGACCUACCACUUCCUGGCUGAGGAUGAAGCUGAGUGUGUGGCAUGGAUCUCGGUGCUCAGUAACAGUAAGCAGGAGGCUCUGAGCGCUGCUCUGGAUGGCGGGAGGAGAGGGGGAGGAGGUGGGGAGAGCAGUGUGGAGGAUCUGACCCGGGCCAUCACUGAUGACAUCAGACGGAUGCCAGGAAACAACAACUGCUGUGACUGCGGAGCACCAGAUCCUGGAUGGCUCUCGACCAAUCUGGGUAUCCUGACCUGUAUCGAGUGUUCAGGGAUCCACAGGGAGAUGGGGGUCCACGUCUCCAGGAUCCAGUCUCUGAGUCUGGACAGUCUGGGGACUUCAGACCUGCUGUUGGCUAGAAAUGUUGGUAACGCUGGAUUUAAUGAAAUACUGGAGGCGAACCUGAUGAGUCCGUCACUGAAGCCCUCCCAACACAGCCACAUGGCGGAGCGUAAAGACUUCAUCCUAUCAAAGUAUCAGGACGUUAAUUUUGUGAGGCGGAGCCACAGCUCAUCUGCAGCGCUGCGACUUGGCCUGCAGGAGGCGACCAAGAGCUGCGACAUCUACAGUCUGAUCCAGCUGUACGCUCAGAGAACGGAGCUGAGCCAGCCGCUGCACACACACAUACAGGAGAAAGGAGAGACGGCGCUCCACCUAGCUGUCCUAUUGGCCGACAGAACUUCACUGCACAUCCUGGACUUCCUAGCCCAGAAUUGCUCCAACGUGGACGUGCAGACGUCAGCAGGAAACACGGCGCUGCACUACAGCUGUCUGCACAACAAGAGCGACUGUGUGAGACUGCUGCUGAGAGCCCGGGCCAACACACACCUGAAGAACGAUUUAGGAGAGACCGCUCUGGACGUGAGUCGGAGGUUGAAGUACGGCCACUGUGAGGCGCUGCUGCAGCAGGCCCAAUCCAACCAGUUCGAGCAUCAUGUCCAUGUGGAGUACGAGUGGAGGCUUCGCCAUGAUGAUCUUUACGAUAGCGACGAUGAUUUUGACGACAAGAACGGUCCAGUAAAGAAGGAGCGCUCCUCCUCUUCCUCCUCCUUCACCUCCUCCUUCUCCUUCUCCUCCCGUCCCUUUAGUUUCAAUCAGUCUUCCUCCAUCGCCCCGCCAUCCUCUGGAGCAGCUGGAGGAGGUCUGCUCAGUGUGGGGAGGAGGCUCGCCAUGGCUAUGGAGCUCCACAGCCGGCCCUCUGGCUCGGCCUCCAGCCCCCCUCCUCCGCCCCCAUCUUCCCCUGCACCUCCGCUGCCUCCCAGGGUCAAAGCUCCCAGUGUCCCUCCUCCUCCCCCUCCUUCUGCUGGGGAGGAAGGAGAGGAAGAGGGGGAGGUCUUCUUCCCCCUGAUACGAAACAGAAAGUCUACCACUCCCCCUCCAAUCGCAGUCCGACACAAGAGGAGCUGCUCCGAGUCCAGCAAGCAUGAUUACGGGUUGCCAACCAGUCCCAGGAUCUAUAGCGGCCCAGACUCCUCCUUUAAGAAGUGUGUUCCAUCUUCUCCUCUAGGCUCACUGGCUGAACGACCAGACAGAGGUUUUCGGAGGGCAGACAGUGAUAGUAGCUCCUCCCACUUCCUGCAGCUGGACAGUAAAGCCCCGCCCAACGGGUCUCCCACCAAUCAGCGCUCUCAGAGCUUUGAGAAUGACAGAAGAGGCCCCGCCCCCCAGCCACUUCCUCGCAGAUCAUUGCCUCGUGGUGGAAAGAGCCGUCGGGUUGAGGCGCUGUAUGACUGCCAAGCCGACCACCACGAUGAGCUGAGCUUCUGCGAAGGGCAGGUGCUGGUUGUCCUGGGACAGGAGGACAGUGAUUGGUGGCAUGGUUACAUAGAGGAUGAACCAGACCAGAGAGGUUUGUUUCCAUCCUCCUUUGUGCAGCUGCUGUUAGACUGACAUCAACCUGGACUGAACCAGACCAGGACUGGUGCAUACCUUGGACCAGUACAGAUCCAGAUCACAUCAGUCAACCAGGAUCUCAGGAGAACCAAAUCAGAACCAAACCAGAUCAGUACUGAGCAGCAGAAGCUGAACCACUGAUCUGCGAUGGACCAGGUCAGACAUUCAGGUUUUUGUUCUACUCCACCUCCUGGACUGGACUGAUCUGGUCCUGACCAGCUCCAGCAUCCUGUAAGUUUACAUGACCACGGCCUUCUGUUACCAUGGAAAGGUUACAGGUGACCUUUAAGUGAAGAAUCUAGACCAGAUCUUUGUGGCUUGGGUCAUGUGAUAAUGUUGCCAUGGAGACAGCCUUGCACACACUGAUCAACUAUGAUUCACUGCUGAUGCUGACAAUACUUUUAUUUAUUUAAAAUUAAAAAUAUUAUUUUAUUAAGCUUACAGAUGCCUGCAGGUCACUUCAAAAUCUGCUGGACUUUUAUUUUGAAGUUCAACCUAACAACUUUUUUUCUGCUCUAAUUUAUUCUUAUGUAUUUGUAAUGUUAUUGAUCCUGUGGCGACGCCACCACACAAGCGGCUUCUGUCCCAUUUCAGGCUCAGUCUCCUUGCAGGGGCAGCGCUCACACGGUCCAACACAUAACCAGAGCACAAAGGAUUGUAGGAUACUGAAGACCAAAGGAUAAAUACCAGUUGUCUGCUCUAAAUUCAGGUGACAUCAGCCUGAAAUGGGACACAGCUGAUGCUUCCAGCUGCCUUUGAUGUCACAAGAUAUCGCAACGCCUCAGUAAGUACGGCAGUGUAUUGCUGCCACUAUUACAAAAGUAGUUUGCUCAGUUUCUCAGUAAAACAAGAACAUUUUCAAAUUAUUGCAAGAUACCUUUCAUGCAACAAUGACACGUAACAAGAGACCAUUUACUUAAGUAAUGAACUGUGUGCUAAUUUGAGGUACUUUUACUUGACUUGAGUAUUUCCAUCUUAUGUAAAUUUAAAAUUUUUACUCCACCACACCUCAGAGGCAAAUAUUGUAUUUUACAGCUUUAGUUACUCUUCAGAUUACAACUUUUCAUACUCUUACUGUGUAGUGAAAACCAGAGGUGGAAAGUAACGAAUUACAGUUACUCGUGUUACUGUAAUUGUGUAGUUUCUUGUGUACUUUUUUAAGUCGUUUUUAUGAUCUGUAAUUUUGCUAUUACUUAAGUAUUUUUUGUUGUAAGUAUUGUACUUCGCUACAUUUUAAAUCACAGCCAUUACUGAGUAAAAAACAAAUCAUGUGUGCGCAUGGCUCAAAGACAGGACUAACUGUGACUCUUGCUGCGGAGAGUCCCCAGCUGCAGUAGCACAUAAACCAUGUGUAAAACAGGAGCGUUGGACCAGAGGAAGGCAUCUUCCUCUGGCUGGAGGAAGCUUGACACUCCUCAUUUUACGCAUGAUCAUUGAUGAUACGGAAGAUUUAGAUAGAAAUGUCUUAUUAAUUGGAGCCAAGCGCCCCUGUAGUUCGCACCCUGCUUGUACCACAGGUAGUUGGUAAAAGAAGUUUUCAAAGUUAGGUAAGAGGCUUUGCUCAAAUUAGCCAAAAAGACAUCGGAGCAUGACAUUGCUAAUGUUGGUUGGCACUAGCAACCUGCUAGUAACUAUAAUUAAUUAUGCUUAGGCCUAUGUUGAUAAAAAAUUAAUUAUAGUAGCGCCUAUGAAGUCCCAUUAAAAUCAACACCUGUUUGAAUGUAGCCUAAAGUGGGAUAUGACUUCAUAUAGGCUCCAGUCCAGUGUUUCCCAUAUUCCCAGUCCAGUGUAGCCUGCUAUAGUCUAAUCUGUUCCGCCAAGUUUCAUAAUGAAGCAAAAACAUCUACAAAACUUCUCAAAAUAACACAUAAAAGGUCUCUAACAUUGUUUUGCGCCAUUGCUUUGUAUCUGUCAGACGAACUAAAAUCUGGUUUUGUGCUCUUGUCAAAUCGCGAAAGACUGCGAUUUAAUUAAAUAAGUAUAAUAAG